ACUACAUCUGACCUUUGACCUAACAGGUUCCGUGGGACCGAAAGUUAUUGGAAUUUUGCAUCUUGAUCGUGUGUAUUGUUUCAAGAACUCAUUUGGAAAUCCGUUUGCACAGCAUUUCAAAAUGUAGCUACAUAGUCAAUGAAUAGACAAUUACCAUGAGUAGGUCGUGACAAUCUUUAUUUUGCAAUGGGGAGUGUGUGAAUGAACAGAUUAAUGAAGAUGAGCUUGUCCGUAUUCUUGUAACACUAAAAGUAUAUUGGCUGAUACGAAGUGGCCAAGUGUCUUUCGUCAUGGCCGAGCACGGCGCACACAUCACAUCGGCCAGUGUGACAGAUCGACCGACGAUAUUUGAAGUUCUGGCCCAGGAGAGUCUGAUGGUGACCGUUAGACCAGCACUGAAACACGCAGUUAGGGUAGCUGCAGAAAAUCGUCCUGCAUUGUUUGGUUGGCUCAUGAGAAAUUAUGACGAAGUGUACGCUUUCUUAGACUUCAUUGUUCAGCAUUACCAUCUCCAGAAAUACAAUGGAUCUUUUGCUGAGAACUUCUAUGACUUGAAGCGUGUUCCAUCUGCUGACCCAUCUGGUAGCUUGUCCCGCAGACAUCACUGGCUCUCUGUCUUCCUACUGGUUGCAGUGCCGUACAUCAAGACGAAGCUGGACCAGCUUUUUGAAGAUCUGCGUCACAAGUACGGGACAGAUGGGCGAUCCCAGAUUAGAAGACCUGGCGGACAGGUCAUCAGGGCGUUCCUGUCAAUGUAUCCAUAUGUCCAUAUGACCUGGGAGGGAACAUGCUUGAUGUACCAGGUGAGCUACAUACUGGGGAAAGGGGCGUGGCAUUCCCCCUUCCUACACCUGUCUGGCACUCGUCUGCAACACCUGGAUGAAUUUGACCUUGACGCGAGUGUUGGGACGGUCACGGCCGACUGGAGCAAGGCUAGUCUCUUUGGGAAGUUAGGUCUGGCGAUGAAGAUGGGUGGAGGUGCAGCAGCGAUGGUGUUGUCAUCGGGGCUGUCAGUGGGGAUGUUCUUUCUACAGUUCCUGGACUGGUGGUAUGCAAGUGACAGUAAAGCUGCCUCCCUCACAGCAAUGCCCAUCCCUGACCCUCCACGGGGUGACCGCAAUCUGGACGGGAGAAGGUUGUCUCCCUUUAUGUGCCCAAUUUGUGGAAGAGCCCGAACCAACGACACGGCCUUGUCUGUAUCAGGAUAUGUGUUUUGCUAUCCAUGUAUUCAUGGUUACGUGAAACAACAUGGCCAGUGCCCAGUGACCCAGUUCCCUGCCACGUCUGACCACCUGAUCAAGAUCUUUGUGCAGGACUCCUAGCUGUGUGGUCAGUGUGAGGCUGUGUGGUCAGUGUGAGGCUGUGUGGGUUAAAUGUGGUACGUGUGUGCGUGUGGGCUUUCGAGAAUGGGAAAAACAAAGGGAAAACAAAUUUCCAGCAUUUGUCAAUGUGUGAUACAGUUAUCUCCCUUGAACAGACAUGCGACUGGCCCAUUCAUGAUCAAGUCAUGUUAUUCUGGGACAGGCUGUUACUAAAAGGGGGCGAGUGGUGAUGAAUGGCGACUGGCCCACACUCUGGUACUUAAGGGCACAUUUUCAACAAUAUUUUGGCCUAUAUUAUUUAUAUUCGGGCAUAUGCACUCACUUUAGUUUCCUAUUGAUGCAAUAAAAGACUUAUCAUCCCUUACGACUUGCCUGAAUUCGAUAAUUAAAACUUUGAGGUGAACAGCUUCCAAACAGAGAACACUUGCCAUAUAUGGAAUGUAAGCAACUGCUCCGUACAU